UAGGUGGCGAUAAAUGCCACAGAUAAGACGCAAAGAAGAAGCCGUCGCUCGCUUAUGACGUGUGUUUCCCGCGACCUUUAGCUUCGGCGGUUGUAGCGGCUUUCAGUGGAGGACUAAUUUGAGUGGGUUUAAAAUGCUCAAAAAGAAAUCAAGCACCAGUGAGAAGAAAAGGAAGCACCUUCAGUCCGAGGAGCGACAUGACAGCGGUAAACGCAGGAGUACGGGGCCCGGUUUAGAGGAAUCCAAGGACGAACUUGCUGAUCCUGAGCUUGACAAAAUUGGCAGUGACAUUGAGGAAGGGGGACUGGACCUCAGCCUGGCCUUCCAGCCCAUCACAGCUUACGUCGGUGACAAGCGGGAGAUGCUGGAGCAGUGCUUCCAUGUGCUGGGGGAGAAGAAGCUACGGAAGAUGCUUCCUGAUGAACUCAAGGAAUGCAGUGUAGAGGAAAUCAAAACGCUGUGUUGGGAGCAGCUGGAACCCAUCACGGAGAAAAAUCUCAUUCAGAUCUUAGCAGGGGAGGAAGUGACCGCCGGGAAUGACAAUGAAAACUCUGAAGAGUCUUUGGAAAGCCAGCAAGACAGUAUUGUAGACUCUACAUCGUGCCUCAAGGAAACUGCAAAAAGCGAGGACCCAAAGCAAGAGGAUGGCGGCUCUGGUGAAGAGAGCGACGUCCUCAGCAUAAACGCAGACACUUACGACAGCGACAUAGAAGGACCCAAAGAGGAGCAGCCCGUUAAAGAGGAGCAGACUGCGGCAGUGAAGGAGGGAGACGACGAUGACGACAGCAGGCUGUGCACUGACCCGGCUGCAAAGCCGGAGCCGGCAAAUCCAGAGCCGAAGAAAGACAUUCAAAGCGACAUAGACAAGAGCGUGAGCGAGAUCUUGGCGUGCUCCUCCACCCCCAUCAAAGACGCGGCCGAAGAACAGAGCACACCGCUGCAGUCCCCGGAUGUCAGCGGACCCGUUUCUAGCGGCGACCCGGCCGUUUGUAAGCCGUCGAUUCAGCAGCUGGAGCUGCUGGAGCUGGAAAUGAGAGCAAGAGCCAUAAAGGCUCUAAUGAAAGCAAGUAACGGGAAAACCCCUCAUGUAACACCAAACACGUAGCGUGUCUUUUACUUGAAUGGUUAAUGCUCUCAAAACAAUUCAGUUUGCACAUCCUGUCUUGUUUGUAGAGGGUACAGCAUGAUGCGUUUGUUUUGCUCCACAUUGGAAUGAUUUCUAGAUGGUGUUUAAUUGUGUUUUUGCAUUAAACAAAGACCCCUCCUCCUGCGUGGGAUUGGAUAUCACUUUUCCAAAUGUGUUUCUCCCAUCGAGCACUAGAUGGCAGUGUUACUCUGUCAGAGCACAUCCGCAGGGCUGUGUCUAAUCUGCCAGAGGACAGCAAGGGCAUGUUUAUAGGCUCACAUUACACUGAAAGUGGUCUCGGGCACCAGUCAGAGUCAGGUUUUCUUAAUAAUGAUGUCACUUGGAAACGCAGCUGUCCUCGAGUCAGCCUUAGAGGAUGUGAGAGGAUCAGAAAAGUGUGUUACUUCAUAGGUUUGUAAGGCAGAGCAGGUGGUUGCAGUGCUGUUUGUAUCUUGUAGACACUUGAAGCCUUUCUUCACCCAACACCUGUUUGACUUGUUAAACUGAAAGCGUGCACAGGAAUACAAAAUCCUGCUAUACUCUGCUCUGCCCGCCCGAUAAGGAACCGAAAAGCCUUCAAGUGGUCAUAAACUACCCACUGGCUCAAAAAUGACACGAGUGCAUGAUAUGAUUAGACAGCUACCCACUCACUCCUGUAGAUCAAAACAAAGACCCUGCCAGCUGUCCCACCAGGAUAACUUUAAAUUAAAUUCUGCUUCUCGUGCUUUUGUCAGUCAGCGAGAAUUAAUAGCGUCUGUUAGCCUAACAGGGCAGUUUCUUUUGCUCUGAUUUAUUCUAAAGCUUUGCUCCAGCAUAAACUGUAUGGGUGCUGCAUGUAUGUGUGUGUCCGUGUGCACACAAUUACAUGCAGAUGAAGAGAAGAAAGGCUUUCUAUCCCACUACCCCGAAGGAGACAAUGAAAUGUGCGAUAAGAAGCCAGUUGCCUCCAGGUAUUUGCAUUUAAAAGGGUUAUUUCAUGGAAGAGGUGAGGGCGGGAGGGUUAAACGUGUCGUUCUCUGUGAAUUUAUGUGCAGGUAUCUCCGCGCUCGCUGAUGAUGUGAAGAGGGAACGAAAAUGUCCACUUUAGUAAAAAAAAAAAAGAUACAAAGAUUGUAAAGUGCUUGUAGCGUCUAUGAUGGGUGAGUAUUUGUCGGCGUCAUUUACUGCUAUUAGAAUGCCAAUUACGAUUUGGUGUGUGCCAUUAAAUGGCUUUUUAAGCAGACCUCAAAAAUGAGUAGGCUGGAAAAUGGGAUUGAUGGAGGUGAGACGAUACUGUUUUGUUGAAGGAGUGCUUUGUGAAUUCGAAUGAACCUAAUGAACCGUGUUAAAAUAUUGAAGCGUGAUGGUUCUGUGAAUGGCGCUAUUAUCAAAGUCAAACA